CGUUGGCGUUUCAGCACGAAAAUCACGUCGAGGGCCAGCAUCGGAAUGAAGUUCCUAGGUCUGGAGGUGCAGCUUCGGGCUUUACAAAUCUGAGUGACGACAGGCCGAAUAUCAACUAUUUUUCGGCGACACCAACCCAGAACAAUUUUGCGGGCGACGAAUUGGUGGAGAAUUUCGCAAGCACCCCGCAGCUGCAAGAGGAUCAUAAUUUCACGUCUGGUGCUUCGAUGAUGGUGAAAAAUGACAACAUCAUGAACAAACAAUCUAUGAUCUCAACGCCUCAGGUAAUGCAGCAAAAUGGUCAACUACCAGUGAGUAAGAACACGAAUACGACAAACAAUUCUACAGCUGCGUGGUCUCAGGCUUUGCAACUCCAGCUGCAAAACGGCCAGUGUCCGCAUUGUAAAAAUCUCACCGCGAGGUUCUUUCCAAAUUACAACUACUUUUCCACGACGAACUCUUUGUCUGGG